UUGUGGUGUAUGUCUUUAGUUAUGCUUAUGAGCUCAGUGUAAUACAGGCUCCUCUGCUUUGCCUCUCUGAAGCCACCUGCUGAUAGAUUGUUGUAAAUAUUGUUACACUUUUUCUGUUCUGUGCUAUAAAAGUUUUAACUCUGUAGGUCAGAGGACACGCUUUCCUCACCAGAUAAUAAACCUGACGGUGCUUUUCACCUUAUCAAUGCUUGUAUAAAUUCUUUUUUCCUACAAAACUCUGUAGUCAAUAAACUAUCACACACACACACAUGAGUGUUUCCUGUCUCUGAUGUUCUGGAACCAAAAGGGCUGGAUAAAUGUUGUUGGAAUCAGAGGAACAUCUAUGAUCAGCCAGGUAGAUCUGAGAGUCUAUGUGGAGAUACGGUUUUAGUGUGUCUUUGGAUCCCGGCCCUCAUGUGAGAGAGACAGGAAGUGGGGUGGUCUCUUCAGCAGCCAAUGGCAGAACAGGAUUGGUGAUAUCAAACAGAAGGACCAAUCAAAGUGAGCGGGACGGUCCAGAGUUGGGUCCAGUCUCUGCACAGUAAGAUCAGACGGCCCAACUGAACUGAAGUAUUUAUGCAGCAUACACAGUGUAGUACUGAGUAUUUCCUGUGAAGUACGCAGUGCGGUACCGGUACCAUGGACUCUGAGGCUCCCCCCACGCUCUCUCUCGUCUCUGUGUUGUCUCUGCUGGGCUGUAGCCUCCAGCUGUUGGUGGCUGCCCUCCUCACACACAGGUAUGGUGGGCGGAGCUCCAAGACGGACUGGUGGAUCCUGCUGUGGCUGUUCUAUGAUGUCAUCGUCCACCUGACGCUGGAGGGUCCGUUUGUUUACAUGUCUCUGGUUGGGACAGUGGAGACAUCUGAAGGUCCUCUGGCUGAACUCUGGAAGGAAUACGGUAAAGCAGACAGUCGCUGGUUGGUUUCUGAUCCAAACAUCGUCUCCUUGGAGAUUCUGACAGUGGUCCUGGACUCUCUGCUAGCUCUGCUGCUGAUACAUGCAGUGCUCAAUGACAAGUACUACAGACACUUCCUGCAGAUCACUCUGAGUGUGUGUGAGCUGUACGGCGGCUGGAUGACCUUCUGUCCUGAUUGGCUGCUGGGCAGUCCUCACCUAGACACGUCCAACCCGCUCUACCUGUGGGUCUACCUGGUCUUCUUUAAUGGACUCUGGGUCCUGGUCCCGGUUCUGCUGCUGGUCCAGUCCUGGUUGUGUCUCCAGAGUCUUCAUGCAGUCAAAGAAGACAGAGCAUCGGCGCAGAGGAAGAAGCUGUAGUCAGUGAACCUGUGAUUGGGAACCUUUCACUGUUGAGCUCAUCGUUUUCUCAGACUGGUGACAGAAAUGAUUUUGUAGCAGGAAGGAACCAAUCAUAUAGCUGGAUCAUCACUAAAACUUUUAUUAAUCUCUAUAAAUAAAAUCUUGAGUUUAAAC